CAGCAGCCGUUUGGGGGGGUGCUGGUCCCAGACUGGUCCCAGACACAGACGGAUGUUUUUCUGAGUGAAGCUGCUUCUGUUUCAGCCUUCCCGCCCGGCGGAGCCAUGGACCUGCAGAGGAGGAUCUACGGGGGGAAAGAAUGUGACGAAGAUGAUCGUCUGUACCAUGUGGCUCUGUCUGUGGACUCUGACGGAAAGCGUAUUAACUGUGGGGGCUCUCUGAUCCACAAACAGUGGAUUCUGACUGCAGGUCACUGCCUUACAACCAGAAUGUUUGCAGUUUUGGGUGUGCAUCCAGGUUCAAACAAGAAAGUGGUGGAAAUCAAAGCAGACCCUAUAAUCUAUAGGGAUAAUGGCCAGAACCAUGACAUCAUGCUCCUGAAGUUACCGAAGGCGACAAACGACCACCCAGUGGUUGAUCUUCCAGAUAAAGACAAAAAUUGUCCGAAACCUGCCCCGGGGAAAACAAUCCAGAUGGCGGGACAUGGGGAAAAUGAUAAAGGUCCAACUCCAUCAUCUAACCUCCUAUGUGUGGAUAUGGAGGUGAAAGAGUGUCAAGGACUAAAAGACGAAGGGGACUCUGGUGGAGGAGCCAUUUACGAUGGGAAGAUCUAUGGUGUCCUCAGUUCCGCCUUCCCGCCCAGCGGGGCCGUGGACCUGCAGAGGAGGAUCUACAGGGGGAAAGAUUGUGACAAAGGUGAUCGUCUGUACCACGUGGCUCUUUCUAGGGACUCUAAAGGAAAGCGUAUUCACUGUGGGGGCUCUCUGAUCCACAAACAGUGGAUUCUGACUGCAGCUCACUGCCUUGACACCAAAAUGUUUGCAGUUUUGGGUGUGCAUCCAGGUUCAAAAAAGAAAGUGAUGGAAAUCACAGAAAAAGCUGUAAUCUAUGAGGAACAGAAUGGCCAGAGGCAUGACAUCAUGCUCCUGAAGUUACCGGAGGAAACAAACCUCCCACUGGUUUCUCUUCCACCUGUCGGCUGUCAGAAAACUGCUAAGGGGACAAUAGUCCAGAUGGCGGGACAUGGGAAAAAUGACAAAGUAACAAGUCAACCAUCUAAACUCCUAUGUGUGGAUAUGAAGGGGGACUCUGGUGGAGGAGCCGUUUACGAUGGGAAGAUCUAUGGUGUUAUUGUUGCUGGUGAUGAUAACGUCUGCAAAUCCCCACCAGUGUUCAUGGACGUCUGUUCUUACCUUAACUGGAUAUACAAACACGUCCCCAAACCAAAGGUGAGUCCUUCACAUGUUUCCGGAGCUUUCCGGAGAACACAGACGGAUGUUUUUCUGACUGAAGCUGCUUCUGUUUCAGCCUUCCCGCCCAGCGGGGCCGUGGACCUGCAGAGGAGGAUCUACAAGGUGAUAGACUGUGACGAAGAUGAUCGUCUGUACCAUGUGGCUCUUUCUAAGGACUCUAAAGGAAAGAGUAUUUACUGUGGGGGCUCUCUGAUCCACAAACAGUGGAUUCUGACUGCAGCUCACUGUAAGCAAAAGAAAAUGUUUGCAGUUUUGGGUGUGCAUCCAGGUUCAAAAAGGGAAGUGGUGAAAAUCAAAGCAGACCCUGUCAUCUUUACAGAUCAGAAUGGCCAGAGGCAUGACAUCAUGCUCCUGAAGUUACCGAAGGAGACAAACCUCCACCCAGUGGUUCCUCUUCCAGCUGUCGGCUGUCAGAAACCUGCCCCUCAGCCGGAUAAGCUGCUGUGUGCCGACAUAAACGUCAUAGACUGUGAGAGCUUCAUGACGAACUUUCAGCAAUGCCUUCAGAAUUUAACAUUUUCUAAGACCCACAUUUUCUGUGGUGGAACCAAAUACAAGACAGACGUUGGCAGCGGGGACUCUGGUGGAGGAGCCGUUUACCAUGGGAAGAUCUAUGGUGUCUACAGUAAUGGUGGCGAUUAUGUCUGUGACUUCCCACCAGUGUUCAUGGACACCGGACCGGACCGGCCGUGCAGGUGCGGUCUCCACAGUAACGGAACGGUCUCCAUGGUAACGGCCAAACGAAGCCCAACGGCUGCGGCCAAAGGCGGGAAACUCAAACGCUACUUUUCCAGCUGCCUGCUGCUGUUCGCGGGCUUUGACCCUUCAGCCUCAGAGUGGAUUUAUUCUCUUAUUCAGGCAGAAAAGGCUCGUUUUGCUUACAGGGGAACGACAAGGAGGACGAAAACAAUAAGAAAGCCACUCAAAAAGCACUCACACAGAGUCCAGGUCCUCUCUGGUCCCCUCAUCCUGAUGGGGGCUGCUGUCAUCCUGCUGCUGGUGCUGUGGAGGAGGAGGAGGGCGUCGCCACGGAAACACGGGAGCAGUCAGCCGACCGUCAGCAGUGAAGACCAAACUGAGACAGAACAGGGAAAC